AGCAUGAAUGAUGAGCUUUGGGGCAAGAUGCGUAAACAAAGAAUGUUACAGGAAGAACUCAGACAGAAGAAAAAGGAACUGGAAGAUUUGAUGAGGAAAGAUAGGAAUAAUAAAACAUAUAUAAGAAACCAAGAUAACCAAAGUGAUCUUGGGUAUGGGAUGAGUGUCCAGAGUGCUGGGGAUGUCACCAUGGCAACAUGGGGAGGUUCCACUGUAGAUAAUCCAGAAGAUACAUUUGAUGACUAUGGACAAGAUGAUGAUGAUGAUGAUAUUGAUGAUGGCUACCCAAGUGAUGGUAUAGUUCAGGUGGAGGAAGAAGAGGAGGCACGUGACGAUGAUGACGACAGAGGAACAUACACUAUUGAUGAAGAAUAUCAGCGGAGAGAGCGCCAGAGAGGGGUGUUUGUACGACCUCCUGUCAUAGAUGAUGAGUCACCCAGUGAUGGACGAAUGAGAGGUGGAGCCAGGCCCAAAUUUGACCCACAGGAUCCAAGAAACAGAAACCCAUGGUCAAAGUCCCCCCUGAGCAGUGGAAUAUACCAGCGUGGCUGGCCAACUUUCAGUGAACAGAGGCGACAGAGAGCACAACAACAGAAUUACCGGUCUGCUGAAGAGAUCAUAAAGGAAGACGAGGACAAUGUGGAUGAUGGCCAGCAGAGUCAGGAAUAUAUUGUCACAUUGCAGAGACAGCUAGAAAACACCAAUGACAUUUGUAGGACAUUACUACAAGACCAGCAGGCACUCAUGGAGGCUUUGUCUACUGCAGGUAUCAGCAUUCCAUCUAAUUCCUACAGGAAGACUGCCUACUCCGAGAUGAUCCACCACUACAGAGACCAGAUGCAGCAGCAGCAGCUCUUGUUCAAUGUGAACCAGAUGUACUACCAGAUGUCCCAGCAGCAGGCAGAGAUACACAACCUCCACCACCAGCUACAGUCACUGCUCAGAGGAACUGGGGACGAGGGGGAAGAAGAAGAGGAGGAGCUAAGGUUACGUCCAAACAGUGUUGGACCCUGGGGGUAUCCCCCAAUGAGCCAGCAGCAGUCCCCCCUGCUGUAUCCCCCUUACCCCAUGAUGAAUCCCUCCCCAGUGUUUAGCCCAGACAAUAGAUUUAGUCCAUACAUGUCCCCCUAUGCCAGUGGCAUGUAUCCAUAUUAUCCAGGAUUAGAGCAGCAAAUGAGAGGACAGCCUCAGAAGCUGUCCACUUACUCUGAUACUUUAGAGCCAUCAGAGGAUGAGAACCCCUUUGUCAUUCCGUCCGACCCCAGGUACCGUCCAUCACACCCCCCUGAGCCUGCACCUCCACCCCCCUCAUCCCCUGUACCAAAGCUGAAUUUGAGAGAGGUCCUCAAGCCAAGAAAAAGGAGGAGACAGGAUGUUGAGGAUUCUGCAAGGUCAGAGUUAUCUGAGAAAUCUGGGUCAGCUGUGAUAGGUCAAGUGUACCCUACCCCUAGUCGCGCCAAUGCUGCUGCACGGUUAGCCAGUCGCCGUCAGCCUCCUCCUGAAGAAUACCGUCCAGGUCUUAGCGCAAACAUCAGUGGGACAGCCUUCAUGGACACUGCCUCACUGUCCAGCUACAUGUCCAGUCUGCCUGGUGGGGAAUCCUCUGCCAGGGAACAGAGGGCCAAAAUUAACAGUGAACUUGAAUCUGACACUCCCAGUGAAUUCUCCCUGUUUGAGGCCCUGCGUGAGACCAUCUACUCAGAAGUAGCUACUCUGAUCUCCCAGAAUGAGACCCGUCCACAUUUCCUGAUUGAGCUGUUCCGUGAGCUCCAGAUGCUGAACUCUGAUUAUCUCCGGCAGAGGGCGCUGUAUGCCAUCCAGGACCUGGUGACACGAUUCCUGACAGAGGAGAGUGUUGAUGCCAGUGAGAGCACACAAACGCCUCUUCCUCCCUGGUUGCUGGUAGCUGGCGCCACUGGCGAUGAGCAGACACCCAGUGAGUCUCUCAUCACUUCUGAUGAGGAGGAAGUCAGGGCUAAACUGUAUGAGAUGGAGAUGGAAAUGGCCAAAGGCAAGAGCAGUGACCGGUCAGCUGCAUCACUGCAGUCAGGUUCUAUCCGUAGUGACCGCUAUGACUAUGUGGAGAGGGCAGACACCAGCAGCACCAUGUCUACCCCUCCCUCUGGCACCUAUUGGGACUCCCCCUUUGCUCAAGACUUGGGAGAAACUGUGAUACAUUUGGAUAAGGCUAUGCAGAAGGUGCGUGACUAUGAACGGCGUAUGCAGGAGGCUGUUGAUAAAGGUCAGGCUGCCAAUGUGGCUGGCCUAAAGGUGAAGGAUACUUCCUCUGUUGGGACCAGUAGCUCAGCACAGGAUCCAGGCAGUGAGAGCUCCAUAUCAGAUGUGCCAUACCCUCGUAUUGACACGCAGCAGUUAGACCAGCAGAUCAAGAGCAUCAUGACAGAGGUGAUCCCAGUGUUAAAGGAGCACAUGGAGGACGUGUGUUCCACCCAGCUGCUGGCUUACAUACAGAGGCUGGUGCUGACACUGACCAAACAGCAGGACGAUGGCCAGGAGUUUGUACGCUUUUUCCACAAACAGCUUGGUUCUCUGUUGCAAGAUUCUCUGGCCAAGUUUGAUGGAAGGAAGAUGCGUGAGUGUGCUGAGGACCUGCUGGUGGACAUGUCAGAGGUGUUGUUCAAUGAGUUAGCAUUCUUCAGACUGAUGCAGGACCUGGAUGAGACCACAGUGGAGGUCAGGACCAGGGCUAAGAAGUGGGCACAGGAAUCUCAGACAUCUACAGAGACCACUGAGGAUGGCUUGCCAGACCAGGAUGAGACUGAGGACAGCAGUGAGGAGGAGGAGGAGGAGGAAGAAGAGGAUGAAGAAUCUGAGGAUGGGGAAAACACAGCACUACACGUGUCACCUAAAGAGGAAGAGGAUCUUGGCAAGGCUAGAGAUGAUGAGAUGGCCUAUGCCACAGAUAUGGGGAGGGAAGAUGAUGAGUCCCUGUCACAGACACCCAUCAACAUAGAACUGGCUGUCAGUGAGACCAAACCUUUUACUAGGAUUGGAAGUGAUGAGGAUGAAGACGAGGAAGAAGAGACACAAAGUGCAGAUGACCCUUCAGAGACAGCAGUAUCAAGAGAAGAAGAAAAGGAAAAAUCAUCAGGCGAGUCCCCAUCCCCGUCAGGACCAGAUGCCUCACCGUCUUCCUCCAAUGUCACAGUGAUUGAUACCACAACAGCAGCGACCUCUGGUGGUGAUGUUGAGAACAGAGGUGGAGGAGAUGCGGAAAAUGGAGCCACUUACAUGAAUGGAGAGGUUGUUGUUGCAGAAGAAGAAAUUGAAAUAGUAACUAUAGAUGAUCUGCCAUCUAAAAUGUCUGGACUGGAGAAGCAGGCUCAGGUUGAGAACCAAGUGAAUGAAGAAGCCAAGGCAAGUUCUGGCACUGCGGCAGUGUUAUCCACCAUGCCCUCUGGAGAGGAGGAGUUGGCAGGGGACGGGGCCGCCAUCAGAGAACCGGGGUCUGAGGUGCCCCAGCCUGCACAAACUACAGUUCAAGAGAGUGCAGUGUGAUGUGAACCAAGGUUGUGAUCCAUGUGUAUGGGACCAGUAGUGUGUGACUGUGAUUCAGAGACUGUAUGUAGAGGUGAAACUUAACCCAAAAAGGAAGGGAAGCUAUAAAUACAAGUGUAGGAAAAGGAGGAAGUUCUGUUUAGUGUUGACAUUGCAAAUGUUGAACUCUUUAAAGUUUUAUCGAAUUUGUUAUUUAACGAGUUGUGUAGGAAUAUGGAAUCUAUUGGACACGGUGUAGUGUUGGAAAAGUUAAAAGUUUGUUUGAAGUUGAACAGAAUAAAUACAGGGAUCAGAUUCAGUAAGAGGGAGGUGAAAAAGAUAAACAGUUUCAAUUUGAAUUAAACAGAACAGUGUGCCCCAAGUGAAAAUUUGCAGUGAUAAAAUGAGGUUUGACUAUGGUUUUACCAAAUUAAAUUUUUUGAAUGGUUAUUUUAUAACCCUUAAAUUUUAUUCUUAGUGAAUGGGUUUUGGGAGUCAAAAGUUCCUAUACAAGUGUGCUGGAUGAAUUUCCAACACAGCAGUUGUAGAAAAGUACUCCACCCUCAGCUUGUUGAGAUUCAUUUGCAAUGUAUUAUAGCCGAUUUUUUUUUUUUUUUGAAAGGAGUUAUUUGCCACAUAAGAUUGAAGCAAAUUAGAAAUCCAUUAUUGUUACCAUGAAGUGCAUUUAAUAUUAUAUUGUUAUAACAGCAUAUCCCAGCUGAUGGCACAUGUACAGUAACAUGCACCCAAAGACAAAUUAUUUUGAUCAUUUUUAUUUUAAUUUAGAUGUGUGACAGUGCUUUCCCAAUUAAAUUUAUAGUUUACAUUGAAAAAAGAUGGAUUAUUGAUAUCUUAAUUAUGAUUAUUUCUUUGUACUUUUUGAACAAUGUUUUAUUAUAGUAAUAUUAACUAUUGUUGUGUGAGCUGAGUAUUGAGAGAACAGUUGUUGUGUUGAGAUGUAUCAAACACAGGAAUAAAGCAUUCCAGUUGUAUUUAGUUAAA